CAUUCCUCUCCAACUUUUCUCUCCUCCUCAAACCCUUUCUCUCAUCUCGUCGUACGAAAUCCUAAAAAUUGUCCGACACAAUGUUCGUUUCACGAGACAGAAACAGAUCACAUGCCACUCGUUCGUUCUUGGCCGCCGCCUCACCGCUCCCCGAUCCAUUCGGAUGAAAACCCGCUUACUGGACCUUAUUAUUUUUUGUGCCUUACUGCCAACUCACGGGCUGCUGUUGAUGACUGGACCAUGUUUGCUUCUGCCAGCCAGACAGCCAGCACCUCCAUUUUUCUUGCAUCUCGUACCUCACGAGUAUGCACUCGCUAUCCUGCCGUCGAUCGAUUAUGCGCAUACGAUCCGGAGACUUGCAGCAGCAGCAGCAGCAUCUAGCUUAGAAGGAAGAUCUUAGACAGGACAGGCGGCGGGGAUGGCGGCUCCUUCCGCGACCGCGACGGGCUCGACGACGACCGCGACCGAUCCGAAAGCGUUUUAUGGAUACCUGUUCGAGGUGGAUAAGAAGCCCACCAAGACUUUGGAUGCGCUGCUCCGGGGCAUCGCGGGCUAUAUCAGUGAGAAUAUAGGGAAUAAGGAUCAGAAGGCUUUGACGCCCGAUAAGUUGGCCAGCUUCUAUAAGGCUGUGGGAGGGAAUUAUGAUUCGCUCUUCGUCGAUGUCCCCAACCCGUCGAUAUCGUGGAUCUAUGCAUCCAUAGGCUGUCAACAUACCCUCCAACCUACAACCGAUGACUUCCAACCACCCUGCGUGCCUGCGCUCACAACGAGAGGCUUUGUACGAUGGCAAUCCAUCGAGAUCUUGCUUGGACCAGAGGAACACGUUCCAUUCAUCCAAAAUGCUGUCAGAGACUUCAACAUAAAACAUCCAGACACAGGAGAGCUAUUCCCCGGUCCCGUACCCAAAGAAGCCUUUCCCCUAGUCGCAGACCCCGAGAUCGAGAAAUGGCACGAUCAGUGCGCACAAGAGUUACGGAAACGAGCAACACCUACAGAGAGUAUGCCAGAUGAGAGAGAUUUCAGACCAGAGAUGCCGCCGCGACCCAAAGUCCAAGCGACCUACGUCCACGUCCGACCAACUCGCCCCAGCGCCCGACCAACAUCAGAAUACUUCCCCCGAACCACACGAGAAAGUGUCCCUGGAGGACCACCCCCUACGAGCGCGAGGCCAUUCUACCAACACGUCCACUCUGCCACCGGGCAGCCAGUUCGACCAAAACUAAGCAGAAGUCCUAGCCACCGCGCCCGACAAUUCCUCGCUCCAGAAGACGACAUCGCAACUGGUCCGCGAACAGCGAGGACGAGAAGGAGGAGUUUCCCCGAAAACAUGACCGCGAGUCCGACUUCGCCGCCAAACGUCGAGCCGGUGAGGAGUCCGAUGGACGACCCGCGUGUGAGGCGGCAUAGUCACCCCCGACACGCGAGACGAGGCAGCAUGAGCAGUGACGCGAGUAGCAGCGAAGAUGGCGGCCCGCCCAGCCCCAUGGACACGGAGCGCAGACGCAGAAGAAGGCGAGAUUACGCACGACCUCCCGAUCCAGACUCGCCUCAGGUGCCGCCUGCUGGUGUGCGGUACUCUGGGCCAGCGCCACCUGUAGAUCCGAGAUUAAGACCUAGAGGCCGAGUAAGAGUCGACGAAGAAGAAGAAGUAAAGCGGAGAAGCUUCCCUAUCCCCAUCGAUCUGAGCGGGAAAUUGAGCGCGCCGUUCCUACUCGGGAAGCGGGACCGGGCUGCUCAGGCCGCGAGGAGCAAUUCUCGGAAUAAUGGGAACUUAAGGUGGAAAGAUCUCGAUGGGCCGGAUUUGUGGCGGAGUUCGGGGGGCAGUAUGGAGGAAGACGAACGGCCUGCUACUAGCGGGAGGAGGAGCGGGGAGUAUAAGCGCCGAGAGAGGGAACCGCGGCCGAGGAUGAGCGAGAGAAGGAGUAGUCAUGAGGAUGGUGGGGGAGGAGGCGGGAGACGGAGCCACAGUGAUCGAGAUGCGGUGCCGGUGUCUGAUCGGAGGAGUUUUCGGGACAGGGAGAGGGAGAGGCGGUAUGGGAGUCCGAUUCGAGGCGUGGAUGGGAGGAGGUAUCCUGCUCAUUGAGUGAGUGGUGUUUGGUACGAUAUAUGGUUGAAUGACGAUUUACGAAGAUCUACCAAAGAUAAGACAUCUCCGCAAGGUUUACAUGCACGAUUUUAUAGGGAAUAUAAUACACUCUCUUCUUUUGAGGAUAGGGGUUG